AGAGAAGCAUCUGCCCUCGAUCAGAUAUAGCAAAUCUUCUCGACCUGAAAUCUCGUACAGUUGUGAACGUCAUCGUCAUUCUGUCUGAAGAAGGAGGCGCGAUCAUCGCCAUUUUUGUGGUUGUCAUUCAUUGUUUUCAGUAGUUCGGUCCGAGGUUUGAUCAGCAAGUCAGUUAGUCGAGCGAAAGCUGCAGACAUGCAUGCCAUGAAGAACGUGGCGGCUUCGGCCAAGGAGAAGAUCAACAACAUCGGUGCUAAGGGUGAGGAGAAGAGAGACGAGGCCAAGAUCUCCGCCGAAGAAAAGGUGGCAAAGGCCCAGGCUCAUGGCGAGAUGGAGGAGCAGCAAGUGAAGGCCGAGAAGCACUUGAAGCAGGCCGACGCGAUCCGCGCCAAGGAGGAGAAGAAGGCGAUGAACGAGGCGGAGAAGGAGAUGGCCAAGGACGGUCUGGCCCAGAAGAAGGCUGCGGCUGCUCAUGCCUACGAGAACCCCAACGCCGUCGUUCGACCGGGAGGAGGAACUUAAAUACCGUCAAGAGUGAUGGAAUCGCGUGUGGAGCUUAGUCUCCACUCUCUGUACAGAUGACAAAUCUAUUUAUACCUACAUGUCAAUAAAUUGUG